AUGCUACUCAUUUCAGGAAGGGCAUUCCAUCCCGAGAACGAUAUGGAAACCAUCAGAACAGAAUCAAAGAGUCGUGAUGCAACUGAGAACGGGAUUGAAACCUUGCGUCAUGUAGCUGACUCGAUACCGAUUACUGGUUGGAUUGCCAUCGCAAUUAGCGGAGCAGAGAGGCUUUUGUUCUAUGCAGUUACGAUUCCGUGGCAGAACUACAUACAGAACGGCCGCGACAGUGUCGCCGUCCCAGGCGAGCUGGGACUCGGUCAAGCUAUCGCUACCAACCUCUCCAGCGCAUUUUAUUUCUUCACCUACGUGGCGCCCACACCCUUUGCUAUCCUCUCCGAUGUUUGGCUGGGACGCUAUGUGACUUUAUGUAUCAGUGUUUUUCUUAGUUUCUGCGGCUGUCUAGUACUCUUCAUUACAUCCCUCCCAGCUGUGGAUAGUGAAACACUCAAGAUCGUGGGCUUAGCGAUGGCCAUGUUUCUCCUCGGACUCGGCACUGGUGGAGUCAAAGCCACGGUCGCCCCAUUCAUAGGAGACCAGUACCCUGUGAAAUCGCCACAAAUCAGUGUCAAUAAGAGUGGCAAACCAGUGGUUGUGGACAGAGCGUUGACCUUGCAGUACAUCUACAACAUUUUCUUCUGGUUCACCAACCUGGGGAGCAUGGCUAUGAUUGCUUCUACAUACCUGGAGAGGCAAGUAGGCUUCUGGGCUGCUUACCUCCUACCUCUGUGUUCAACAGCGCUGCUGCUCCCAUCCUUGCUUCUCUUCCGCAAGACUUUUGGUAGGUCAAGGAUGGAAGACCCAUGUUGCACAUUGCGUGUCGAGGAACGCAUCAGCUUUGCAGUUAAGCUCGCCCCACAAGGGAAUGUUCUUCCAAAGGUGGCAAAGGUUAUGCUACACUCGGCCCGACAUCGUUUCAAAUUAGACGCAGCAAGACCCGCCUAUCAAGCCCAAGCACACGGAAGGAUUGUUGACUGGGACGAUGACUUUGUCAGCGAGAUGAGGCGAGGGUUGAAAGCUUGCAAAGUUGUCGUCUGUUUUGUUCCCUUCCAUCUCUGCAUGAAUCAAAUCAUCAACAAUCUCAUAUCCCAGGCCGGACAGAUGCAGUUGGCGGGAAUCCCAAAUGACACAAUCCAAGCCCUUGAGCCCCUUUGCUGCGUCAUUCUGGGACCACUGGCGCAAAAGGUCCUCUAUCCGACACUGCGAAGCGCCGGGAUCCGAUUCGGUCCAAUCUCGCGCAUGACCUGGGCUUUCCUCAUCAUGGGCGGCGCUAUGGCAAUGGCGGCGGGUGUACAGCAGGUCAUCUACACGAGGGCGCCUUGCUAUCAAUACCCUCUCCAUUGUAUGGGCGAGGAGGGAGACACUAUUCCCAACGAGAUCAGCGUCUGGCUGCAGACGCCCAUAUACUUCCUCUUGGCGCUUGCUGCGAUCCUUGGCCUGGCAACGAUGGCCGAGUACACUUACUCCGAAGCACCGACUAAUAUGCGCAGUUUGGUGCAAGCGAUCACUCAGCUCGGCACGGGUGUAGGCUCGGGACUCGGGAUGGCGCUCUCACCCAUUUCAGUUAGCCCCAAGAUCCUAUGGUUGUACACGGGCUUGUCCUUUACUAUGAUCAUCAUCGCUCCAAUUUUCUGGCUUCUAUUUAGGAGCUAUGACAAAAAGGAGAGCGCAUCGACAUCUUCUGAGCAAGGGCACUCCUGA